AUCUGCGCAUAGUGGAAAAUUGCCUUGAAGCCGCUUGUACAGUGUACUUGAAAUUGAAGUAGGAUUUAGAAAUGGACAAGUGUAAUUAAAAUGGUACAUUUAAUAUUGAAGGAACUAUUGUAAGUGUUUAUUAAGCUCAACCAGCCAAAAUGUUGAACAGUUUCUCAAACCUCAUCUUUAAAACUUUGAAUCCCCUGAGCUCUGCUGCCAGAUCAGCAAAUGUCAGAUGUAUGUCCAGAUAUGGUCCGCAGUUCAUUGACCCCGUAGUCGAUCCGCAAGAACAGAAAAAAAUCAGAGAGAGUGGAGACUUGCAGACCUACCUGUUCAGACCAAUCAAGUCAGCACCGGGCAAUUACACAUGCUCACAUUAUUUUGACCCAGAAGUUGCGAAAUUCACAAAUAUAUUGAUGAGUGGUGGAAGGAAGGCGCUCUGCAGAGAAUUAAUGGAUAAAACUUUUGAACAGAUCAAGCGAAAUCAAAUAGAGCGCUUCAACAACGCUGAAACAGAUGAGGAGCGAAAUGCGAUAAUAUUCGAUCCUCUCAUCAUUUUCCAUAAAGCCAUUGAAAACGCCAAACCUAUCAUGAAGUUACUUAAAAUUAAACGUGGUGGACAAACUUAUCAGGUACCAUAUCCAAUCACAGAAAAUGAGAAAAGGUUCAGAGCCAUCAAAUGGCUCAUAGAGGCUGGAAAUGACAAGCCAAAUCCUAUCCACUUCCCGCAAAGAAUGGCCAUCGAGUUCAUAGAUGCAGCCAAUAAUAAGGGUUCAGCUGUGAAACGGAAAACAGAGCUCCAUCGGCAGUGUGAAGCUAAUAGAGCUUACGCCCACUAUAGAUGGGCAUAAUCAAUACAAUGCAGAUUGUUGUGCUAUUAUUUCUCAGUUUUAAGAUGCCUUUGUACAUUAUUUGUUUUUCAUGAUUAAAUCGUUAAACUUCC